GGGAAAACGGCUACAACCGUUCCCGCAGCUCUUCCGUUCCUUUGGAACCUGUGGAACUUCCAAGUUCCAUCCUUCGACCUGCAGCUUGCCCAAAUUGAACCCGGCGAGUGUCGGCAAUUCAAGCAAACCACGUGGAGUUACGUAACGUAGGUAUCUGAGGAACCUGGAAUUCCAUAGGAGAGGCGGUGUGGUUGCUGAUUGCAGCACAUACACAUGUACACUAGUGCAGCACAGCAGACAGCCGACGUUGGGCAACAACCCUCGUGUGAAUUCACGACAAGCAGAACUUGGAAUCACGAUGAGAAUGGAUGAUGUGGAUUGUGGGGAUUUGUUCUGUGGCAGGGACUCCAGUUGCUGGAUGCAACAUCCCCCGCAUAACCCCUGACACAGGUCACAGGUCAGGCUCACCGACACCCACCUUGACCUCGAGAAGCGUGGGGGGUAGCAGCUUUAUUAUUCCAGUUCCGACUUCGGCACCCCGUAACAAGGCCGCGAAUGUGACGCAACAAUCCAACGAAAUCGACCAAUCUCUCCAUGGCUGGCAGGCGAGAAAAAUGAGGCGACGUGGACCCAGCAGUUGGUUGGCCUCGAGCCGUUCCGCCUGCCUAGUUUCUAGUUUUCUACCUUAGUUCAUCAGUGGUUUGACGGGGGCGCACACAUGAUCGACGGCAGCUGCAUGCAGCUCCUUGCCUCAGCGCCCUGUCCUUGACCUUGUUCGCAUAUUUGUUCAAAGUACUGUACAAGAUCGACUCCCUAUAGUUCUUGCUGCGUCGUGCCUAUUCCGGGGAGGAUUGCGGAUGCCUGAUGCCUAUAACAGAUACCGCAUGGUUAGAUGUUGGUGAUGUCUUUCUCAGGCGGUCAUAGGGUCAGGGAUGGCCCUGGGCUUGGGCGUGGGCUUUGGGAACUUGACGGUGUGACCCACCGCCAGUCAACCGGGCUCAUCAAGGACUACUCCAGGUAGGUACAUUGUAGGUAGGUAGAGAUUAGAAAGUCGGGGUCUUGCAGUAAUGUGGGG